AAAAAUGGCGCGAGGCGUUUCAGGGAAAGUCUGGUCCGAGCACGAAAGUAGUUCAGAAACCAUUAAAGCGCGACGGUCUGAACAGUCACGUGGUUUGACCUGUGUUCCCAUGGCGACUCUCCGCUGGGACCGGCUUAUCUGCAGUCCACUGUGCAGGAAAGGGUGUGUCCUCUGGACUGUGAGUGUGAGGAUGGAGGCUGAUGUUAUUGGGACUUUUAUGAGCGCACAGUGCAGAAUGCAUUCAGUUGACUUAUGAAUGAGUGAUAGAGGUGUGUUGACUAAAUCUAUGCUCAUAACUAGAGCUAGUUCUCUUAGUUUCGGCUGUGUGAUGCGCUCUGGUGAUCAUAGGAGUUGCUUUUCAGAUUUGCAUGCAGAACGCCACUGAGAAAUCACUUUGAUAUUUUGUAAUGGAUUAAACCACAGAAGAACUGAAAUGGCGAUGCAGAUUGACGGCUGAUCUGACAGAGGAAGACGUCAGACGCUGUCUCUGUGCUGGUUAUUAUGGGGUGUUCCUGUUGCAAGCAGAAGAAGUCCGACAAAGCAGCAGCAUCAUCAGCAGCGGUAGACAUUGCAGAUCUGUCUCAUGGCAACCCAGAUGGAGGGUUGUCCGUGGCCUUGGCUUCGGGCCGCUACUGCCCCGACCCCACUCAGAGCAUCCCAGACUUCAACAAGGGCUUCAUGUGCAGUCCUAGCUUCCCUAACAGCAACUCACAGCAACACUCUGGAGGCAUUACAAGCAGUGGAGUCACUCUCUUCAUAGCGCUUUAUGACUAUGACGCUCGCACAGAAGACGACCUCACUUUCCAAAAAGGAGAGAAAUUCCAAAUUAUUAACAACACAGAGGGCGACUGGUGGGAGGCGAGGUCUUUGGACACCGGCAACUCAGGCUACAUUCCCUCCAACUACGUGGCUCCUGUCGACUCCAUACAGGCUGAGGAGUGGUAUUUUGGGAAGAUGGGGAGGAAGGAUGCAGAGAGACAGCUUCUAGGUCAUGGCAACCAGAGGGGGACUUUCCUCAUACGAGAGAGCGAGACCACUAAAGGCGCUUACUCUCUGUCUAUCCGUGACUGGGAUGACAAUAAAGGAGAUCAUGUAAAGCACUAUAAGAUCCGCAAACUGGACAACGGUGGCUACUACAUCACCACAAGAUCACAGUUCGACACUGUGCCGCAGUUGGUAGAGCACUACACAGAGAGAGCAGCUGGACUAUGCUGUCGUUUGAUUGACAGCUGUAAGCGGGGCAUGCCUAAGCUGGCAGACUUAUCAGUGAAGACCAAGGAUAUGUGGGAGAUUCCCCGUGAAUCCCUACAGCUGAUUAAGAAACUGGGCAACGGCCAGUUUGGAGAAGUCUGGAUGGGCACUAAUGACGGGCUGUGUUAUUACCUAACCACGCCCUGUGUCAACUCCACCCCACUCACCAUGGGCCUUGGGCGGGACGCCUGGGAGGUUGCCAGGGAAGCGCUGUCCCUGCAAAGAAAGCUUGGACAGGGCUGCUUCGGGGACGUGUGGAUGGGCAUGUGGAAUGGCACCACCAAGGUAGCGGUGAAGACUCUGAAGCCAGGAACCAUGUCCCCUGAGGCCUUCCUGGAGGAGGCUCAGAUCAUGAAGAGGCUUCGCCACGACAAGCUGGUGCAGCUCUACGCUGUCGUGUCUGAGGAGCCCAUCUACAUUAUCACUGAGUUCAUGAGCCAAGGAAGUUUGCUGGACUUCUUAAAAGAUGGAGAGGGACAGAACCUUAAGCUGCCUCAGCUGGUGGACAUGGCUGCACAGAUUUCAGCUGGGAUGGCAUACAUUGAGAGGAUGAACUACAUCCAUCGUGACCUGCGAGCAGCCAACAUCCUUGUUGGAGACAAUCUGGUGUGCAAGAUUGCUGACUUUGGCUUAGCCAGGCUCAUCGAGGACAACGAAUACACAGCUAGACAAGGGGCAAAGUUCCCCAUCAAGUGGACGGCUCCUGAAGCUGCACUCUAUGGACGCUUUACCAUCAAGUCAGAUGUCUGGAGUUUUGGCAUCAUGCUAACUGAGCUCAUCACUAAAGGACGAGUGCCUUACCCAGGUAUGAACAACCGUGAGGUGCUGGAGCAGGUGGAGAGGGGUUAUCGAAUGCCCUGUGCCCCGGGCUGCCCUGCCUCGCUCCAUGAACUCAUGUUGCAAUGCUGGAGGCGGGAGCCCGAUGAGAGGCACACUUUUGAGUACCUGCAGUCCUUCCUGGAGGAUUACUUCACGUCCACAGAGCCGCAGUAUCAGCCCGGAGACAACCUGUGAUAUGCAACCUGGACAGCUGUGGAGCGAUAAACAUGCAAACAGAGAGACAGACAAAGACACACAUACACCGACAUGCAUGUGGUUGUACAUGCACAUGCUGUCUCUGUAUUUGUUGCUCAUUUAUGAUAAAUGGAUACACACGCACACACACACACACACACACAUUUAAAGAUACAUAUCAUUGCCUUGUUUAAUUGUUUAAAGAGUUUUCUUCCCUUCGUUCAUUCAUCCCUGCAGCCCAUUCAGGACAGAGCGGUAAACCAUGUUGAAGAAUGGAGUCUGAGCUCUGCUGAUCAGGCCUUGCAGUAAUAUUGCUUUACUUUGUAACCAUGACAACAAGGAACUGAAAAUGAUGUUAUAUUGAGGUGGUGGUGGGGAGUCGAGCUGGUACAUGAUCUGUUCAGCUACCAUAUAUGUUCAUGUCUUUAUAUUUCUCUGUCUGAGAAGAUAUUUCACCGGAUUUGCUGUUUACCUGAGAUUAUUGUGCGAAUACAGGACUAACAGUGAGUUCAACAGGUUGUCACACCAAUGGAUCCCGUCUUUACUGAAAUCUACAGACUAUGGACAUGUGACAAUGACAGACGUAAGCUUUAGGAGCAGCGACGCUCCCACAGUGGCACGUCUGUUUCCUGCUUUGUCAUGGCUCUUUUACUGAUCCCACAUACAUACAUGCUGACAGGAAAACUGGUUCUUGCCACCAAUAUGUGCCUUAAAGCCUUAGAUUUCAGUGUGAGAGAUGGUGAGGAAUGCUGUUUGUUGAAGGAAUUGUAUGUCAAUUUAGUAUGAACUGUCUCCUUUAUUGUUUUAAUUUAACUCAGAUAUAUUUGUUCAUAACAAAGACGUCUAUAACUAGUAAAAAUGUAUACAGGUUUCAUUCAGUGGGAGGGCAGGUUGAAAUGUCACACAUAAAGGACAAAUAUGUAGCCUUUAUGUUGCGAUUCUCCUGUCAUGUUAUUUUAAUAAAGAUCUGAUAUCUUUUCCAAGUUA